GAUAACGCCGCCAAAGGUCCGUCGCUGACCGAGCCUCCCUCCAUUCACGCGCGACUUGCGCUCCUCUCGACCGUCGUCGUCGUCGUCUCCUCUUGUUUGCUUUUACAAUUUGUGUGUCCUUUUUGUAGAGACUUCCAAGCGAAAGCUAGCCGUGUUAUUUUUCUGUCCCAGUUUGCCAACAAGAUGGCCGCCAGGAAGCGUUUCACACUUUCCGCUCUGGAGGUGACGCUGACCGUCCUCUUUGUGGUCAUGACGACCGUCAGCGUCACUCUGAUCACCAUGACGGCCACCCGUGGCGCGACCACCUGUCCCAGCCCGACUCCGGACCCGAAGCCGUCUUACCUGAUCGGAGUGGGACGCGCCGAUUGCACCGGACCCCCGGCUGAACUUCCUCUGAUGGGCUACGCCAACCCUCAGCAGACGGCUGCGGGAAUUCACACCCGUUUGUUCAGUCGCGCCUUCAUCAUCGACGACGGUCGCCGCCGAGUCCUCUUUGUCACGGUGGACGUGGGAAUGAUCUCGCAGAGGCUCAGGUUGGAGGUCCUGAAGGCCCUGCAAGCCAAAUACGGCAACCAGUAUCGGCAGGACAACGUGGUGCUGAGCGGCACGCACACGCACUCGGGCCCGGCCGGGUACUUUCAGUACACGCUUUUCAUGAUCAGCAGCAAAGGUUACCUCAAGUCAUCCGUGCAGCCGCUCGUCAAAGGCAUCGUCAAGAGUGUCGAGCGAGCCCACAGCACGCUGCGGCCGGGACGGAUCUACAAGAAUCGAGGACGCGUGGAUACCAGCAGCGUCAACCGAAGCCCUCAUUCUUACCGCAACAACCCGCAGGAGGAGCAAAACAGGUAUGACGACAACGUGGACAAAGACAUGGUGCUUCUCAAGUUUACCGAUCUGGACGGGGAUGGCAUCGGCGCGCUCGGCUGGUUUGCAGUGCACGCGGUCAGCAUGAAGACCACCAAUCGUCUGGUGAGCAGCGACAACAUGGGCUAUGCCGCCUACCUGAUGGAGAAGCACAAGAACCCCGCCGCGCUCCCCGGACAGGCAGCUUUUGUGGCUGCUUUCUCAUCCAGUAACCUCGGUGACGUGAGUCCGAACAUUGAAGGUCCUCACUGCGUCAACUCUGGACUGGCCUGUGACUACUUGAACAGCUCGUGUCCUGACGGAGGGACAAAGGAGUGCCAAGCGUUUGGACCCGGGGAAGACAUGUUUGACAGCACCAGUAUCAUCGCCCAUAACAUCUUCACGAAGGCUAAGGAACUUUACGCCAGCGCGGUGGACCAAGUGACGGGCUCGGUUUAUUCGGCUCAUCAGUGGGUCAACAUGACGGACGUCACGGUCGACAUCAAUGCCACGCAGGCGGUGAGGACGUGCAAGCCAGCGCUGGGUCACAGUUUUGCUGCAGGAACCACAGAUGGAGGAGGAGACCUCAACUUCACCCAAGGUGCGGUGGAGGGCGACCCGUUUUGGGACGGCAUCCGAGACGCCCUGCUGGGUGAGCCAUCCAACCAAACGCAGGAAUGUCACUGGCCCAAGCCCAUCCUGUUCAGCACCGGAGAGAUGAACUGGCCGUUGCCGUGGCACCCAGAAAUUGUUGAUGUGCAGAUCUUCACUGUUGGAUCUCUAGCGGUUGUUGCUGUUCCUGGAGAGAUGACCACCAUGGCAGGCAGAAGGCUCAGAGAAGCCGUUAAACAGGAGCUUCAGCGAGGCGAGGCCUUCUCAGACGCAGACGUGGUGAUCGCCGGUCUGAGCAACGUGUACACGCACUACAUCAGCACCUACGAGGAGUACCAGGUUCAGAGGUACGAGGGCGCGUCCACCAUCUACGGCCCGCACACGCUCAGCGCCUACAUCCUGAAAUUCAGCCACUUGGCACGCGCCAUCGCUCAGGACCGAGUUGGCACGCUUGCCCCGGGUCCGCCUCCUCCGUUCUUCCAGAAGAAUCUUUUCAACCUGCUACCCACGGCGACACUUGACAGGAAACCGGACAACAGCAGCUUUGGAGAUGUCCUGGAGGAGGUCCUCCCUGUCUACAGACGGGGCGACGUGGUGUCCAUCACCUUUGUGGCAGGAAAUCCCCGACACUCAGGAGACGUGAGGGAUCGAAGCUUCGUCGCGGUGGAGAUGCAGGAUGACGCCGACGCUGGCGCCGACAGAUGGACGUUGGUCCAUACUGACGCCUCGUGGGAGACCAGGUUCCUCUGGCUGAAAGGCUCAGAGCGGCAGAGCAACGCCACGGUGGAGUGGCGCAUCCCGGCCGACGCCCCUGCCGCUUCCUACAGGAUCAAACACUUUGGCCACUACAAGAGCAUGAAAGGCCUGCGACCGCUCAUCACACCCUACCAGGGCACGUCCCGCGUCUUUCGGGUCAUCGACAGCUUCUACUCCGAGUGAUCGGCGCUUGUGACUUGCUGCUCCUUUGCCCCAAUAAAAUUCUGUUGAAAAGGC